AUGGAAGAUGGUAGAUAUUCGGUUGAUUUGGGUAACCUCCAACGCAAUCAAAGGAACGAGAUUGGGAGGAAGAAAUCCCGCAAAGGUAAAGAACUUGCCGGUUCUCAUCUCAAAGCCGAGAUGAUUUUGAAACGGGUUACCAAAGGCGAGAUGGAGAUGCGAUGUCCGAAGAACAACUCCAACAAGAAUUGGCCCGACAUAAUAACCGCUUUCUACAACAACAACAAAUGCCGACGACCAUUGACGAAGAGGAGCUUGAGGAUGAAGAUGCGGAGGAAUUGGAACCGGAGACGGCCGAAGAGGAGGGUGCCGGCAGCCACGACGCCGACGAGCUUGCCUCAUCCCAAACCGCCACCGGUAAUAAAAAAAAGUAAGUCUGAACUAAUGAAAAAUAAUUUUGAUAAAUGGAAGGACCCACAAACCGGCUAUUGGCACGUAACUUGCAAGUGGUGCAACAACAAUUAUAGUUUGGGAACCUCCGGCGGAUACGGAUCCGCCGCAAGGCAUCUUAAGGCAAAGCACCCCGUGGAGUAUGCAAAAUUAGGCGGCGGAACGGGGAAGCAAACUCAAAUAUCGAGGUUUGCGAAUUCUCAACCUUUUGGUAAUUUCUCCUACAAUGAUGCACAAAAUUUGACUGGUAUGGCUAACUUAAUUUGUGAAGAAAAUUUGCCUUAUUUGUUUUCUGAAAGUCUUGCUUUAAGAGAUUAUGCACAAGGUAGUUUAAAUCCUCAAUUUAGAAAUUAUAGUCGCAAAACUGUUAAUAAAGAAAUAAUAAGGCUUUAUUAUGCGGAAAAGGCAAGGUUACAAAAUUUUUUUGCAAACUUUGAUGGGCGUGUUACUAUUUGUUCUGACAUAUGGGAGGAUGAUUUUCAUCAUUUAUAUUAUUUGGGUCUGACUGCACAUUAUAUUGAUGAGGAUUGGAAUAUGCAUAAACGUGUUCUUGCUUUUCGUGAAUUUAAUGAUCGUCACACCGCUGAACAUAUUUAUAUUUUGAUUGAGCGUAUUUUAAUUGAGUAUAAUUUGAUUGAUAAGGUGUUUGCUAUUGGUUUCGAUAAUGCUACUAAUAAUACUGCUGCUAUACCUAGAUUGCGUGAGUUGUGUGGUGCCAAUACUUUGAUGGGUAAAUGUUUUCAUCAACGGUGUGCAUGCCAUGUUAUAAAUUUAUGUGUGCAAGACGGUUUAAAAGCGUUAGGAGAUUCCAUGGAGGUAAUCAAGGGGGGGAUUAGACGUAUUUGGGGUAAUGGUCAACUUAGAUUAAAAUGGCAAACUUAUUUGACUGAAAGAGGUGUGAGAUAUGUUGCUUUUCCUAAAGAUUUGAGUAUUCGUUGGAAUAGUACUUAUAAAUUACUUAAAGUUAUUCUUAGAUAUAAAGAACAUUUUCCUGCUUUUUUAAAAGAACAUGAUAACUAUAUUAUAAACGCGGUUGAGAUCGACACUUGCGAAAAAAAUUGUAAUGCUUUGAUAUUUUUUUUUAAUGCUACUGAAACUUUUAGUCAUGUUUAUAAACCUACCGCAAACCAAUUUAUUCGUGAAGCUGUUAAUCUUGCCGGUACUUUUAAAGAAUUUGAGAAUGCCGUUUUCGUUCAUUAUUUUGUGAUUAUAUGAAGGAAAAGUUUUUAAAAUAUUAUGCGCAUAUUUCACAUAUUUAUGGUAUUGCAUUUAUUCUCGAUCCUCGUUAUAGACUUGCUAAUUUGGAAGAUUGUUUCAACUUCUAUUAUCUUGCGUUUUUUUGUGAAUUUCCAAUGUAUGACGAUAACACCAUAGAUCCGAAAACGGAAUACAACGAGGUUAGUACUUUAUUUUAUGCCUUAUUUAAUGAGUUUCGUGCACAAUAUAGCAACGCUCCCCCUCCCCCGUCACAAACAUCUUCAUCUAAAGGAAAAUCGAUUUUUAGAUCUGCAUUUGGCAAUCUUAUGAAAAAAAACAAAAACAACUCACGUCACUGAACAAAGUGCAUUGAAUGAGAUUACUUUGUAUUUAACAUAUGAAGUUGAUUUUGAAGAAAAUGAUGACUUUGACGUUCUAGACUGGUGGAAGUCAAAAGAAAGAACGUUCCCGAUUUUAGCACGGAUGGCUAAGCAAGUACUAUCAAUGCUGAUUUCAACAAUUGUUGUGGAACAAGAAUUUAGUUCGGCCGGCAACGUCCUAACGUCAUCUAGAUCGAGAUUGAGCGCGGAGUCUCUUGAGACGCUUAUAUGCUACCACGAUUGGUUGAAGGCCGCACGUAGAACUCAAGAAAUGAGCAUCACCCCCUCCCAAGAUUUUAUGGAUGACUCAACAACCGAUGGUGGCUCUACCUAUGCCGGAGAUUCCGAUUGAUUAGUAUUUUAGAAUUUAUUAUAAAACUAGUUAUUUUGACGCGCGAUGCGCGAUUGACCAAAUGCCCAAUGCAUCUUUUGAUGGAAAAUAAGUACGUAAUAUUAGAUACUUUAGUAUUUAUUUGAUAUCAAUAUAUUUAAUAGUUGACAUAUGAUAAACUGGCCG